AGGACUCGGCACGUGCAUAUGAAAUGAACACGCCACAACGAUCGAAAUUAGCAUUCUAACAGGUUGGGAUAUCCUUCAAAUAUCAAGGAAUAUGCACCAAAUUAAAGAUAAAGGACAUGAUGGAGCAAAUGUUCAGGCGGACCAUAUCCAGAUGCUGUUCACAAGACAAGUGGACCAAGGUUACGCUUGGGUGGCGCUUGCAGCUUCUUUCAGCAUCCAUUUCACAAUUGGACUAAUGGCGUACACAUUUGGUGUGAUCAAUAUCUCUAUCAUGGAAGAAAUAGAAGAUGACAUUACAAAAACAUCUUGGAUUGGUUCUACUCUCUUUGGGACGACUUGCCUCAGUGGUCCUGUUGCUUGCAUGGUUCAUCAGAGACUGGGCUCCAGAAAUACAGCAAUGAUUGGUGGGGUGUUGAUGUUGAUUGGGAUGACAUUAGCAUAUUUCUGUCAUACAGUAUUUGGGUUGUUCAUCACGUACGGAUUGAUUACAGGUGUGGCGUUAGGUAUUGCUGCAAAUGUAGCUGGGGUAGUCCCGGGACAAUACUUUCUCAAACGAAGACCUAUUGCUUUUGGAGUAUCCAUGGCCGGAAGUGGAGCGGGUCUAUUUACGGGGCCAUUCGCACGGUACCUCCUCGACCAAUACCACCUGCACGGUACCCUUCUCAUCAUGGGCGGUAUUGGCUUCAACAUGUGCAUUGCUGGCGCCUUGUUACGUCCAGUCAGACAUCAGGAAACAAAUAAACCCAUUGCCAGCAAGACAGAAGAAGGAGGUUGCUCACAACAGGAUUCAGAAGCGACAACUCUGAUGGUACCAGAAGAAGAAGCCAAUUCUGUCCAAUCAUCAGAUGUAGGUUCGCCAAAACCAAUAUGCAAAGUAUCCCUUUUGCUUACACGGCUCAGGAUCUUCAUACAAUUAGAUUUUGUAAUGUACAAUGUCAGUGUUUUGCUGUGGUGUUUGGGAGCAUCAUCUUGUAUUAUACACCUGCCGAACUACGCUGAAUAUAAAGGCAGUUCUCCUAUUCAGGCCGCAACUCUGCUGACCGCUGCGGGUGCGGGCAGUAUCUUCUCAAGAAUAUUUGUGGGUAUUAUUUCAUCUGACCCAAAUAUUGACGAUGUGAUGCUCCAGGUUGGAAUAACAGGAGUGACAGGAAUAUUAGCACUCGUCUUCCCAUUAUUUCCUCCAAGUUAUAAUGCACAGCUUGUCUUCAGUUUUUUGUAUGGGACAUAUUGCCAUGGUGUAUACUCACUUCUUGGACCUAUGGCAAUACAUUUUCAUGGAUUGCCAAAUGCUUCUAUUUCGUAUGGAAUCUUGUGUUUCUUUAUUGGAGUUGGACAACUGUUGGGACCCCCUAUUGCAAGUCUCUUGUAUAAAACAAGUGGGAUAUAUGAAUUUACCUACAUAUUUUCAGGUGUAUGUUCUAUUCUAAGUUCAAUAUCAGCUGCAUCAACAAGUGUACUUAGACGAAGACGGAGAAGCGACUGAAGUCAAAUAUAUGACGUUUAACAUGUGAUAUUGAUUUAACGAUUUCAUAUAUAUGUAUUCCGAAUAAAACUUCUUAUGAGCAUCUAGAACCUCCUAUGUAAUAUAUAUAUUGAUAUUGAUAAUACAAUAUGGAUUCAUGUGCAUUGAUAUUGUUGGAACCUUCACAUAUGAAGGUGAGAAAACAUAAGCAUGUCCUAGAUGGAGAAACCUUUGUUAUUGAGGCAUUAAGGCACUCUGAGACAUGAUCUUCUCCUGCACUCGUUGUGUGAAAUUGACAUUAAGGUAAAGGUGAGGUGAAAUGGGGUUUAACGUCGCGUCCAAGAUUAUUGCACUUAUAU